AUGGCUCUCCACCGCCGUCGAAUCCUAUGGCCAGACUGCGAGGACGAAAACGAAGUCCCCUGCAUCCCCUCCUCUCCGCCGGUCCUCGCGGCGGCGCCGCCAGUCAUCUCGUCGGCGACGCUUCCCAACGCCGUCGUCGACUCCCAAGUGACGACCCCGUCGUAUGGCAUCCUCAUGCCGAUCGGUCGGCGCAGGCUACUCGUCGUCGGCGUGUCCUUGUUCGCCUUCGUCACCAUCCUCCUCGCCUACUACGUCGCCUUCCGCUGGUACUACCACCGCCGUCGCCGCCACCGCGCCCGGACGGCCACUGCAGCGCUGCCUCCGCCGCCGCCCCGAUCGGAAAGCAACGGCGAUCUGCAGCAGGACCUGCUGGCCGGGGCCGGAGAAGUAGAGCCUUACCACGUCUGGUACAUCAGAACGGCGGGGCUGGACGAGCCAACGAUUGGAGCGAUCUCGGUGUGCGCGUACAGGCGGGGCGAGGGCCUGGUGGAAGGCACAGACUGCAGCAUCUGCCUGGGGGAGUUUCUGGAUGGGGAGAUGCUCCGCCUGCUCCCCAAGUGCAGCCACGCCUUCCACAUACCCUGCAUCGACACCUGGCUCCGCUCCCGCGUCAAUUGCCCCCUCUGCCGCGCCCCCAUCGUGGCCCCUCCUGCUGCAAUUCCCCGGGCAGCAGCCACCGCCGGCGAGCUCAAUUCUUCCUCCUUUCGAGCGGCGACUUCUGCAACGGAUGUACGGUCGCUGGCUGCCGUCGGGGAUGAUGAUGAUGAUGGUGACGAACCUGGGGGACCUGCAAGGCCGGAGGAUAGAGUUCCUGCGCUAGUUUCUCCCCCGGGGUCGUCUUAUUCCUCAGAGGCGGAAUCGGAGAUCUGGGUGACGAUCGAUCUAGGUUGCGGAGAAAUGGAGAGGGGGCGAGCGGAAUCCGAGUCCCCGGCGGCGGAGGAUGGCGGAGCUCCGGGUGUGAUGAUGAAGAUGAAGCUGGAGCCGUUGCGGCGGUCGGUCUCCAUGGAUUCCACUGCGCCUGGCGGGGCGAGCAACUGCGGCGGCGGAAGGAAGCCCACCACCUCGGGAGAUCAGGCAUCGGCCGGCAAGAGCGGCAGGAAGGAGGGGCCGACGGAGAUGGGAAGAUCCACCUCGACCAACAGUUUCGGGGUCUCCUUCUUGUCACGGCUCUCUGGAAGAGCGCGAGGCCCCAACCUCCCGCUGUGA